UUUGUGUGUGUGUGUUAUAAGUGGUGGUUGUCGAUCUCUUGGACAGCAGUAGAGGAACAGAAGCUGAGCGUUUCAGUCUGAAGUGCCAAGUUGUGAAACUAUGGGAAGUCUGAGGGGCGUGUUGAUCCUGGUGGGCGUGGCCUUGCUGCAGUGGGCGGUCCCAGCAUCGAGCAGCUGUAAAGGAACCGACGGUCGCCCGGGAGAGGCGGGACUUGCGGGAAGAGACGGAUGGCCGGGAAUCAGAGGAGAUAAGGGACAGUCAGCUCCCCCGGACGUGGCUGCUGGCCCCCUGCUGAACGGGGCCAAGGGGAAACGGGGCCCCCAGGGGCUCACUGGCCCCAUGGGUUACCAAGGAGACCCCGGGGAGGAGGGGCAGUCGGGCGCCCCAGGUCCCACGGGGUCACGAGGAGGGGACGUUAACCAAGCCCGCACUGUCAUACAUCGGUCCGCCUUCUCUGUUGUCCGGACACUCAACACAUAUCCUCAAAACAGCCAGAAAGUUAUCUUCCAGGAUGCCAUGGUCAACACACCUGGAGACUUCAGCCUAAGCACGGGAAUCUUCACCUGCAGAGUACCAGGGGUCUACUACUUUGUCUUCCAUGCUUACUCCAAGGUCAGCAUGUGUCUGCGUCUGAAAAGCGAUACUUUGCCGCCCACUGUUCUGGAAUUCUGCGACUACAACAGCCGCGAAACUGGACAGGUGCUGUCAGGGGGAGGGGUCUUGGAGCUGACCAGGGGUAAGAAGGUCUGGAUGGAGGGCUUUAGGAACAACCAGCCCGCCAGCGUGACCACCAACACCGAGGAGAAGAAGAUCAUCUUCAACGGCUUUCUGGUCUUCCCCACCAGCUAGACAACCCAGCUCCUCCUCCUCCUCCUCUUGCUCCUCUCCCACUGACACAACACAGGAGAAAAUCUCCCUCUAGCUCUGUCUCUCUCGCUCUGUCUCUCUCUCUCUCUCACUCUGUCUCUCUCUCUCUCUUUCUCUCUCUCUCGCUCUCUCUCUCGCUCUCUCUCUCGCUCUCUCUCUCUCACUCUC